UCUGGAGAAAGUUAAAAUGUGACAAUGAAAAAUGUUUCAUCUAAAAAAAUAUGCAAAAGAUACAAAUUCAUAUUGUUGGGAGUUCUCAUUAUACUUUGUAUACAACUAUCCUUAUUAUCCUUCAGUCCCAACACAAAUUCAACGGAAUCUGAUCCUUCAUCUCUUCUGUCCAUAAAUAAGCCAACAGACAGAAACAAAACAAACGGACCAGAUCCACCAUUACAGAUUCAUGAUUCUACUGACAAAAAGUCUUUCCAGUUUCAACCAAAGUGCCAUAUAACUGUGAAGGAUUCUUUAUCUGCUAUAAGCCGUGCCAAAACUGAACAUUGUAAACAGCAAAUUGCAGAUGUUACUUGUUUGUCAUUAGAAGAAAAACUUUUCCCAAAGAAUAUACCAAAUUAUUGUCCUUUCAAAGGAAAUCAUACAUCUGGAUUCUACUAUGGCUGUUUUGGAGACAGUACAGAAAGCAGAGAUUUGUCUCAUCACAAAGAAUUUCCAGAAACAAACUCUCCUAAGAAUUGUAUAAAAUAUUGCACUAAUGGAGGUUAUUUAUAUGCUGGUUUACAAUACAUGAAGGAAUGUUGGUGUGGUGACAGAUUUGGUAAGCAUGGUAAAGUGGACAUAUCAUUGUGUAAUAACCAGUGUCCUGGGGACCCAUCUAAACCAUGUGGUGGUUACCAGGCUAACAGCAUCUAUACAACUGGAUUAGGAGCAAAAAUAAAGACCCCAGUUGAGUUAUUAGGACCUAUGAUUCAAACCAAAAAAGUGAAAAUUGUCUUUGUUUUGACCUUGAAUGGUCGUGCUGUCAGACAGGUUAGAAGGUUAUUGAAGGCCAUCUACCAUAAAGAUCAUUUCUACUAUAUUCAUGUUGAUAUUAGACAACAGUAUUUAUACAAUGAACUGUUACCAUUAGAAUCAAUGUUACCCAAUGUAAGGCUGACAAGGAAUAGGUUUGCUACCAUAUGGGGAGGAGCAAGUUUACUACAAGCCCACUUAGCAUUCAUUAAAGAACUUCUAGAAAUGACCGACUGGACGUGGGACUAUUAUAUCAAUCUAAGUGAAAGUGACUAUCCCAUAAAAAAUUUAGACACACUUGUGAAUUUUCUGACGAGAUACAAAGGAAAAGUAUUUCUGAAAUCCCACGGCAGAGACACACCAAAAUUUUUGAAAAAGCAGGGACUUGACCAAAUUUUUCAUGAAUGUGACAAUCAUCUUUGGAGACUUGGGCCUAGGGAACUGCCUGAUGGACUUCGAUUUGAUGGAGGAAGUGACUGGUUUGGAUUACACAGAAAGUUCUGUGAUUAUGUAAUAACUUCAGAUCUUUUAUUAGAUGGACUAAAGGAAUUCUAUAAGUACACAUUACUUCCUGCAGAGUCAUUCUUUCAUACAGUCCUUCAGAACAGUAUUUUCUGUGAUAAAUGGAUGGACAACAAUCUUCAUGUAACAAACUGGAUCAGAAAGAAAGGUUGUAAAUGUCAGAAUAAACACAUUGUGGACUGGUGUGGAUGUUCUCCAAAUGAUUUCAAAUCUACAGAUUUACAAAGACUUAUGGUCUUUGAACAGCGACCCAGAUUUUUUGCCAGGAAAUUUGAACCAGCUGUAAAUCAGGACAUAAUCAACAGUUUAGACCUGUACUUGUUUAAAGACAGGCCUCAAGAUAUGAAAUCCUAUACAAAGUACUGGCAGAAUGAAUUCCAUCUCAAAGAUAAUGCAAACAACAGGACAGACACAUUUCUUAGUUUUUAUGGCUCAUUUCAAAGGAGGAGUUUAGAAAACCUGAAACAUUCAUCCUGUCACCUGAAACCAGUUCAGAUAUUAGAAUCCAAUGCUUACUUUGCAGAAGAUCAUUAUAAUGGUGCUUUAGUGUUAUAUGAAGCUGAGCAUCAGCAAUCUGGGAAGAAAGUUAUAUUAGAAUCUCAUUUUACAAGAAGACGCCAUUAUAUCAUUAGUGAUCCACAGGGACCAGCUGGAAGACUACUUAGCUUAGAGAUAGGCACUGAAUACGAUUUGAAAGAAAAUAUAUUUAGAAAUUUUGGACAACUGAUAGGUCCUUAUAGUGAUAUGACAUUAGAACACAGCUGGACUAGUGGUUCAGACUUCACAAUAUCUGUAGCCUGGAUAGACCCAACGGAGCUUGUAGCAGCAUCAUAUGACAUUGAAAUUCCAGCGACCAAUCAUAUAGGUUCUCAUAAACCUGAAUUGAAAGUUCCACUCAGACCCGGUGUAUGGAAAGUUAAAUUAAUGCAUAAAUGGCAGAUAGUUGCAGAGACGUCAUUUUUAGUAGUGCCAUUAACUACAUUCCAACAUAGGCCAGUAACAUUUCAACAAGUUCUUUCAUUUCAUAAUGGACCAGGUAGUCUGUAUAUCGAAAAAGAUUUUAAAGAUUUUGACAAAGUACUACACAUAAAUAGGACUGUAGAGUUACAAAAUGAUGCAGAUACAAAUGGCAGGAAAACAGGUGAUCAGCUAGACCAUUGGGUUGACCGUUUAACCAAAGCAUUCUGGGAAUAUCAAAAUAUCUGUAUAUCUGGUAAAAUUUCUAUAGGUUGUUUAGAGUUAAAUAUUUGUGAGAGGACUUUGUGGAGUUCAAGAUCAGAAGAUCCUAAAUCAGAGCUUCAUGGAAUAGAUAAUAAAUCUGGUCGUUUAAGAUAGCAUUAAUCAAAAUUAGUCUUUUUAUCUAUGCAUUAUUAUAAUUAAUUUGUUAUGGACCAAAUUUAGCAUGAAAUACUGAAAUUGCCAUUACUUUGCAUCUGUCAUUUGGGUUAUGUAAACUGUUAUGUUUAGUUGUCUCUCUUUUGCAUAAUAGGUUCCUUAAUCUUGAUGUAUAAAAACAUAUUGGGGUUACAUAUAAGCAACAAUGUGAUAAAAAAACAGGUACAGCCAGAGAGUCAGAAGUUGCUGUACCUUUAUUUUGAUGUAUGACCAAAUAACAAAAAAUACACUGGAGCUUUUAGUCCUCUGAAAUAACUAUUAAGCCUAUUUAAACCUGAGUCAAAAGAGGUGGGACUGAUUUCAUAAUUAAAUCCUGUGCUGGCUUGUGGAGAUCAUAAUUUAAUGCACAUAGGGUCAGUUUAUGAAAGAGAUCGAUACAGGCUUCUGAGAGCCUUCUGUUAUUAAAUUUCAAUGAUUUAGACAAUGAAUUCAUACAUGUGCCAAUAAUUGCAAUUGCUUGACCAAGUUGUAACUAGUAUAAGUGAUAUCUGUUGUUAAAACUAUUUAUUAAUAGCUACUGUGUUAUGUUUUAUUUGAAAUAAUUGUUUUACUUAAUUUUAUUUGUCAUUAAAAUAUGUCAAUUAAGUCUCUGAUAUUUUAUAUGAUCUAAUGUACAUGCUUUAGUGAUUGUUACGGUCUUAGAUUGCAAGUAUACAUGUAAGACAGUUUGUACUGUGUUAUAUUCAAGCUUAAGUUAAAUCCUAGUUGAUGUAUUUUUCCUGUAAAUAUGUAAGACUCUAAAGUACCAUUGUACUCUACAGUGCAUGCUAAAGUGCUAUGUUGUCAAACUUUAAAGCAAUAGUUGGGUUUUUUGAAGGCGAUUAUAUGACACGCUAAAGUGCGAUGGUAUGACACACUAAAGUGCAAUGGUAUGACACACUAAAGUGCAAUGGUAUGACAGGCUAAAGUGUGAUUGUAUAACAUGCUAAAGUGCUAAUUAAAGGGAAUGGGGUUCAGGCAAUGGUUUUCGUUUGUUACUGUGUUCCUAUUAGUUUUUCGUUUAUUGUUUUGUUUAUAAUUCAAGCCGUUGUCUUUCUAUUGUGAAUUGUUUUAUAAUGGUCAUUGUUUGGCGUUAUAUAGCUUGGCUUGUAGUAUGGGCCAAGGCUAAAUGUUGAAGACCGUACGUUUAUUAGUUGCAUACAUCAAUAACAUUUGGUCUUGGGUGGAUAGUUGUCUCAUUAUCAAUCAUACCACAUUUUCUCAUUUUUUUUUAAAGUACGAUAGUUGUCAGAAAAGUGUAAUGGUUACAUUGCAAAAGCUAGUAUAUACUUUAUGAACCUAUCAAACCAUGAACCUGUAAUUCAUUGUAUGUCGUUCAAUGCUGUAUUUCGUUUACUGUUUUGUAUAUAAAUCAGGUCGUUAUUUACCUCAUUUGAAUUGCUUUACUCUGGUCAUUUUAGGACCCUUUGGUCUUUAUAGAAUCCUGUAGAUUCAUUUAUUUUCGUGGGUAUCAAUUUUCGUGGUUUGAGGAAAACUUACAUAUUCAUGGAUAUUUGAUUUCGUAGUUUUGGCAAAGUCUGCACUCAUUCCUAUAGAAAAUUUGCAAUUCGUUGAACAUUUAAAUUCGUGGUUCUCCUGUACCCACGAAAUCCAUGAAAAUUGGUAUCCAACGAAUAUUAAUGAAUCCACAGUACUAUGCAGUGUUAGCCAAUGUUUGGCAUUAAAGACCAUGCAGUAAUCUAUAGUGGCUUACAUUUAUGACAUUUGGUCUUGGAUGGAGAUUCGUCUCAUUUGCAAUCAUAUUAUAUACUACACCUCUGGUCAUAAGGUUACUGUCUAGUUGACGUUUAUUAUUUGCCUUUUUAGCUCACCGGGGCCCAAAGGGCCCCAUGUGAGCUUAUGCCAUCACUUGGCGUCCGUCGUCGUACGUCGUCUAUUGUCAUCUGUUGUCGUCUGUCGUCGUAAACUGUUUCAAAAAUCUUCUCCUCUGAAACUACUGGGCCAAAUACCUUCAAACUUCAACUAAAUGUUCCUUAGGGUAUCUAGUUUAUAAAUUGUAUCCCAAGUUUGUAUCCAUCGACAAACAUGGCCGCCAUGGCUAAAAAUAGAACAUAAGGGUCAAAUGCAGUUUUUGGCUUAUAUCUCAAAAACGAAAUCUUUUAGAGCAAAUGUGACAGGGGUAAAAUUGUUUAAUUGGUCAAGAUCUAUCGGCCCUGAAAUUUUCAGACAAAUCUAACAACCCAUUGUUGGGUUGCUGCCACCGAAUUGGUAGUUUUAACAAAAUUUUGCAGUUUUUUGUUAUUAUUUUGAAUAUUAUUAUAGAUAUAUAUAAACUGUAAGUAGCAAUAAUGUUCAGCAAAGUAAGAUCUACAAAAAAGUUAAUAUGACCAAAAUUGUCAAUUGACCCCUUAAGGAGUUAUUGCCCUUUAAAGACAAUUUUACACAAUUUGUUCAUCAAGUUUGCUAACAUUUAAAAAUCUUCUCCUCUGAAAUACAGGUGAGCGAUUCAGGCUCUUGAGAGCCUCUUGUUUACUUUCUUUUACGGUAUACUUUGGCGAACAAAUGCACUUUUACAGAAAAACACACUUUAGCAUAUUGAGGCAUCAGACUUUAGUGUGUUCCAUUGAAUAGGGUAGACCAUCACACUUUAGCGUGACCAUUGUGUUUAAGAGUCCCCAUCGCACUUUAGAGUCCUACAAAUAUAAGAGAGUUACAAACAUUGUCAAGUGAAAAAAAGACUAGUUACUUUUCACUUUUAAAGUACUUCCAAGCUGCAAGAAAAAUGUAUGUCUUGUAUAGCUUAAAUCCUAUCAUUCAUAUAUACAUAAGAUGCUUUGAUAUAAUUUUUAUGUUAAGUUCAACAUUAUUUCAUAAUUAUAUCUGAGACAGAAAAACAACGAACAAGUUGUAAUUUAUUGAAAAUCUAAUUAAAGUUUGUGAAUCAUGACACAUGUGAAUAAAGGUAUAUGAACAUUUGCCAUGAAAUUGUUUCUCUCACAGGGUUAAAGUUAUUAAGUAUAUGAAACCCAGUGGAAUUUUAAUAUAAAUAGUACAAUGGAUUAAUUUAUAUUCUUAAAACAAUAUCAACAGUUUUAUAUAGAUCACUAAUAUCAAAAUGUUAUUCAGUGCUGUAUAUAUUUUUCUGUUAAAGAACAUUUUUACCAGCAUAUGUUUUUUUUCUUCAAAUCAUGCAUUUUUGGGGUAAAAUUUUACAUUAAAAGACAUGGGAAACCAAAAGACAAUCUCACUUUAGCAUAUAAAUCAUUUUCAUUCUGAUGAGUUAUUGGUAUGAAUAUUUUUACAGCUCUGCUUUUAGAAUAAUCAAUAUGUAUAUCCUGGUCAUCAUAUUAUUCUACUGUGUUCAUUUCAUUUAUUAUUUACUUUUUAUGGUGCUCUUAAUACAUGGUAGCAUUUGUUUUUAAUAUGUAUGGUUAUAUUCUUAUUACCGGUACAAGAUAGAUCUUAUUUCAGUUAUUAUAUACAUGCUUUCAAAAGUAUUGUUUAUGUUCUACAGAAGAUAUUUACAUGUUACUACCGUUUAUAUAUCAUCUUGCAGUCAUUGAUGUCUUUAUUUUUUUAAACUGAUGUACUGUUUGUUGUCUGAGAAGAAUAUCAAAAAGUGAAACAUAGAUAUUAAUAGAACAGUGACAGCCUUGUCAAUACCUCAUAUUUAAAAGAGCUCAAUUCUCUGUCCUCUAACUCGUGUUUUAGUGACUCUGGAAUUUUUACAUUGUUAAUUUGUUAGGUAUUGUGAAAAGAUGUGUUUAUAUAGAAGGUGCUUAACGUUUUCCUUCAUUUCAAUUUCAAGCAGCUUCAGUCACCAAUAAAGAUUAUUCCUUUGUUAAAACAUUUAGGAUUGCGACCCAGGUUCAUGUCACAAUAACACAAUGACGAGAUGUAUAAGUACCGAGCCACGUCAAAUGGAUAUCACCAAAAAUAGACUAAACAGUAAAAGUAAUAUUCAAAAAGACAAUUAAAAAAAUACUAUAACACGUUAUUAAGAUGAUACACAGUAUCUAUACUUCAAGACCAUCGUGUAUUAUUUGUGAAGUUGAUACGGAAUAUUUAUCAACAAGGUCUUUGUACCUUCCUAUGAACUUUUUUAGAAAAAGGACGAGACGUUCUUUGACAUACCCCUGGUUCAUCAACUUUCUGCUCAGACACUGGUGACGUUUUACAAAGUCUGAGUAGCAGCUGCAAGCUCUUGAAUACCGAAUAAGUUGGGAAAUGUAUAUCCCAUAUGCAGGUGAAAUUGGUAUAUUGCUACUAAGGUGGGAGGAAUUGAUAAUUUCAAAAUUAGAAUCGUCUCGUUUGUCAUAGAUUCUGGUACUGAGAUGACCGUGUAUGUCAAAUUUGAGGUAUAAGUCUAAAAAUGAGGUGGAGGAAGUAAAAAAGUAAGCAUUUUCCUUUAAAUCUUUCAAUUUUGCUGAAUAAACUUUGUGAUAAAGGUUAUUAUGUACUAUUGUUGUUCAAUCAUUUUGUUUAGAAUAUUUGGGAGAUGUUUUAGUUUAAAGUUAUGAAGAAAAAUCUUGAUAGACAAUUCAUAAUUGGAAUUGUAUCAUAUAAGCAUCUCUGAACUAAACCUUAGUUUAUUACUCCAUAUCAAUGUAUGAAAGUUUUUAAUAGAAGUGAUGAAUGCAAACUAUUUUUUUAACUGUUAUUUAAAUCACCUUAAUACUUGCAAACUUUGGUGUUAUGAAGUUACUGAAAUUGUCAUGUCCUCUAAAAUGAAAAUUAGCUGUCUUUAAUGGUCCAUGACAUUAUGUGAAAGUUCCAUAAGAUUUAAUAAAUCUGUACUUCAAUUAACAUCCUGAAAUCAAGAGUUGAAAUAAAGGUGUAAUAAAGUAAUUCAAAUAUAUACCUUGAUGCAACAAAUGAUGACAGUCUCUGGAAUCAUAAUGUUUAUAAUCUUAGUAACACUCAUUGCAAGCACCAUAUAAUUGAAACCAUUUGUUCAUACAAAAGUCACCCUUCUUAAAAUUGACACCAUAAGCCAAUAAAAGUGGAAUUAACAUGAAUUGUGCAAUGAAUACUACAAAAAGAAGUCAGUUGUUGUUGUGAUAGAAACUUGUUUUGAUGAGAGUCUUAUACUUUAAAUAUUUAUAUGUGUUUUGACUAUUAAGCUUCUACGUGUAAUUAUGUAUGCAUAUUUUAUUUGAAAUUUGUAUUUAAAUGCAAUUUUUGGUCCCUUACAAAGUCGCAGAUGUAAGACUUAGCAUGCUGUUUCGGGCAGGGAAUGCAUCAACAAUUUGUUAAAGUUUGUGAUUAUUUCCGUUUAAUGGGUCACUUAUGGUGAAUCAAUGCUAUUUGGUAUGGACGUAUAAGCAAUAGAACAUCUCAUUUUCAUGGAGAUUUUUAGCCCCAUCCCCUAAGUCAUGGUUUUCUCUACUGGCUUUAAAAUAUUAGUAUACCGGUAGUUUACAUUUAAAGUUUGUGAUUAGGUCAUUUUAUGGGAGACACUAAUGGUAAGUCAAUGAUAUUUGAUAUUCAGUUGUAUAAACAUUGGCAUAUUUCAUUUCCAUGAAGAUUAUGUGACCUUGCCCCUACAGUCAUCAUUCAUUGACUUUUGCAUAGUUUACCAGUUAAAAUGUUGUUACUUUAAUUUCUACAUUUGCAUUAUACUAUCAAAUUACAUACAGGCAAGACAUAUCUCUGUAUCAACAGUUUUGAAAACAUAAUCACUACCUUCAUUGAGGCUGAAAUUGUUUUAGAGGGAUAAGUUAUCAUAAAUUGUCAUUCUUUUCGGACACAAAAAAAAUCUUCUAUUUACACUACCAUCAGACAUGGUAUUUUUUUUCAAAGACCAGUGGCAAACAUUGGAGGCGAAGAAAAUAAUUCCAUGAUUUCAUUUUUUACACUUAAAGAGCUGAACUAGAAAAUGUUGAUAGAAUAAUGAAUAGCAGGUAUUGAAAUAUAUAAAUCACUUAGAAUUAGAUUAAAAAUUGUUUAUAGUAAUUCACUAAACAAUGGCUGUGAUUCUAUCAUUAGAUAUUAGUUUUUAGAUUUGAUUGUAAUUUAACUCCAAUGCAACUUAAUUUGUUGCAUUACUUAAUCUUUUGAUAGUAUAUUAGUUUUUUGAAUGGUCUAUUUACUAUUAACGUAUACACAAAUAUUUUGAAUUGUUAUAUAUAUUGUUGUUCUUCCAUGAUGUUGUAAAAUUCUACUUAUGACAAACUUGUUUACUACUACGGCAAAUAUUUAAUGGUUAGGUUCACUUUUAAUUUUGUCAUUUACUAUUUUUUAUUGAUCUGUUUGUCUUUGUGCAUUCAAUUAAAUGCUAAUUUUGGUUUAAUUUUUUUGUUAAAAGGCUGUGACAAACUAGGAAGUUAAAAAAAGUCAGUCAGAUGUAUUUUUUUCAAAUUGUAAAAAUUGGUACUGAUCUAGUUUAGAUAAUCUCAAAUAUGUUACUAAUGUUAAACUUAUCUAGAAUAAAUCUUUUUACCAAU